AUGGAGGCGCUGAGACCCCGAUCUCUAACCAGGCUGUUUCAGUCACCUCGUCGUCCUGACCAUGGCACUGCUGGAAAACCAAUUCGACUGUUAGCCAAUCAUUUUCGAGUUCAGAUUCCUAAUAUAGAUGUGUAUCACUAUAUUGUGGAUAUUAAACCAGAAAAACGGCCCCGCAGAGUGAACAGGGCGGUAAUAGAUGCAAUGGUGCGGCACUUCAAGAUGCAAAUAUUUGGUGACCGGCAACCUGGCUAUGAUGGCAAAAGAAACAUGUACACAGCACACCCACUGCCAAUUGGACGGGAUAGGGUUGAUAUGGAGGUGACCCUUCCAGGUGAGGGUAAAGACCAAACCUUUAAAGUGUCUGUUCAGUGGGUGUCAAUUAUAAGCUUUCAGUUGCUUUUAGAAGCUUUGGCUGGGCACUUGAAUGAAAUCCCAAAUGACUCAGUGCAAGCACUUGAUAUUAUCACAAGACACCUUCCCUCUAUGAGGUACACCCCAGUGGGCUGUUCCUUUUUCUCUCCCCCUGAAGGUUACUACCACCCUCUGGGAGGGGGCAGGGAGAUUUGGUUUGGUUUUCAUCAGUCUGUGAGACCUGCUAUGUGGAAUAUGAUGCUCAAUAUUGAUAUAUCUGCAACUGCUUUCUACCGAGCUCAGCCUAUCAUUGAGUUCAUGUGUGAGGUUUUAGACAUUCAGAACAUCAAUGAACAGACCAGACCUCUAACAGAUUCCCAACGUGUCAAGUUUACCAAAGAAGUCAAAGCUCUGAAAAUUGAGGUGACCCACUGUGGACAGGUGAAACGAAAAUAUCGAGUUUGUAAUGUGACCAAACGAUCAGCCAGUCAUCAAACUUUUCCUUUGCAGCUAGAAAAUGGUCAAACUAUAGACUGUACAGUAGCUCAAUAUUUUAAGCAAAAAUAUAGUCUUCAGUUGAAAUACCCCCAUCUUCCGUGUCUCCAAGUGGGACAAGAACAAAAGCAUACCUACUUGCCACUUGAGGUCUGCAAAAUUGUGGCAGGACAGCGAUGUAUAAAGAAGCUCACAGACAGUCAGACUUCCACAAUGAUCAAAGCUACAGCAAGAGCUGCUCCUGACAGACAGGAAGAAAUCAGUAGACUAGUGAAGAGCAACAGCAUAGUGGGUGGACCUGAUCCAUACCUUAGAGAAUUUGGCAUUGUUGUACACAAUGAAAUGACAGAAUUCACAGGCAGGGUACUUCCAGCACCAAUGCUGCAAUAUGGAGGCCGGAAUAAAGCAGUGGCCACACCCAACCAGGGUGUCUGGGACAUGCGAGGAAAGCAGUUUUAUGCUGGCAUUGAAAUUAAAGUUUGGGCAGUUGCUUGUUUUGUGCCUCAGAAACAAUGUAAGGAAAAUUUACUAAAGAAUUUCACUGACCAGCUGCGUAGAAUCUCUAAGGAUGCAGGAAUGUCCAUCUGUGGUCAUCCAUGUUUCUGCAAGUAUGCCCAAGGUGCAGAUAGCGUGCAGCCCAUGUUUAAACAUCUGAAAAUGACAUAUGUGGGCCUACAGCUAAUAGUGGUUAUCUUGCCUGGAAAGACACCAAUAUAUGCAGAGGUGAAACGUGUUGGAGAUACCCUUCUAGGUAUAGCCACACAAUGUGUCCAGGUAAAAAAUGUAGUGAAGACCUCACCUCAAACUCUUUCCAACCUUUGCCUGAAGAUAAACGCAAAGCUCGGAGGAAUUAACAACGUGCUCGUACCUCAUCAAAGGCCCUUGAUAUUCCAGCAGCCUGUCAUCUUCCUGGGAGCCGAUGUCACACACACCCCAGCAGGGGAUGGGAAGAAGCCCUCCAUUGCUGCUGUGGUUGGCAGUAUGGAUGCCCACCCCAGCCGAUAUUGUGCUACGGUUCGGGUGCAGACUUUCCACCAGGAGAUCCCCCAAGAGCUUCUCUACAGUCGGGAGGUCAUUCAGGACCUUACUAACAUGGUUCGGGAACUACUAAUCCAGUUCUACAAAUCUACCCGCUUCAAACCCACUCGGAUCAUCUAUUACCGUGGAGGGGUCUCUGAGGGACAAAUGAGACUGGUAUCUUGGCCAGAACUAAUAGCAAUUCGAAAGGCAUGUAUUAGCUUGGAGGAAGAUUACCGGCCAGGAAUAACAUACGUUACGGUGCAGAAAAGGCAUUACACAAGACUCUUCUGUGCAGAUAAAACAGAAAGGGUGGGGAGAAGUGGCAAUGUACCAGCAGGCACUGCAGUGGAUAGUACCAUCACACAUCCGUGUGAGUUUGACUUUUACCUCUGUAGUCAUACAGGAAUUCAGGGCACUAGCCGUCCUUCACAUUACCAGGUCUUGUGGGAUGACAACUGCUUCACUGCAGAUGAGCUCCAGCUACUGACUUACCAGCUGUGUCAUACCUAUGUGAGGUGCACACGCUCCGUCUCUAUUCCAGCCCCUGCAUAUUAUGCCCGGCUCGUAGCAUUUAGGGCACGGUAUCAUCUGGUGGAUAAAGAUCAUGACAGUACGGAAGGCAGUCAUGUGUCAGGACAGAGUGACGGACGGGAUCCUCAGACCUUGGCUAAGGCUGUGCAGAUCCACCAUGAUACCCAGCGCAUGAUGUAUUUUGCCUGAGAGUCUCAGAAAAAGAACUCAACCACUUUGGCACCCCAUGCAGCCUCAAAAUGUUUCAAAUG